UCGUUCCUUUCACUUUGUUGUUGUUGUAGAGGGGGUUUGCGUGAGAGAGGAUGGGGCAGCAAUCGUUGAUCUACAGCUUCGUGGCGCGUGGGACGGUGAUCCUGGCGGAGCACACCGACUUCAGCGGCAACUUCACCACCAUAGCCUUCCAGUGCCUUCAGAAGCUCCCUGCCUCCAACAACAAGUUCACUUAUAACUGUGAUGGCCACACCUUCAACUACCUCGUCGAUAACGGAUUCACUUACUGUGUAGUGGCAGUGGAAUCUGUUGGUAGACAGAUUCCAAUGGCCUUUCUUGAACGCAUCAAGGAGGAUUUUACUAAAAGAUUCGGUGGAGGAAAAGCUGCGACAGCAGCUGCUAAAAGUCUUAACAGAGAAUUUGGCUCAAAGCUGAAGGAGCAUAUGCAGUACUGUGUGGAGCAUCCGGAAGAGGUUAGCAAACUUGCAAAAGUGAAAGAUCAGGUUUCUGAAGUAAAAGGAAUUAUGAUGGAAAACAUUGAGAAGGUUCUUGAUCGAGGAGAGAAGAUUGAAGUUUUGGUGGAUAAAACUGAGAACCUUCACUAUCAGGCACAAGAUUUCAGGCAGCAGGGAACCCAGUUGAGGAGAAAGAUGUGGUAUCAGAACAUGAAGAUAAAACUAAUAGUUCUUGCCAUCAUAAUUGCCUUGAUUCUCAUAAUUGUUCUUUCUGUUUGCCACGGCUUCAAUUGUUGAAGUGUUUUCACUCAUUUGGGAUCGUCACUACAUGGAUUUUUUUUUUUAAUUUCUUUUUGGUAGUCUAAUAUGUUUGUUAACAUAUAUGUAUGAUUAUUAGAACAUUAAUCGGUUUUGUGAAUAAUAAAACAAAAUGGUAGAAGGAAAAUGGUGCAAAGAGAGGAAGGGAGAAAUAAUGUGACAAGGUACACAUUAUAGUUGCUUUUCAUUUCUUUUGCUUCUCAUAAACUCUGGAUUGUUUCAUCUAUUGUAUUGUAUAGCUUUGGUAAUAGUAUUGUGAUUCUUGAGUUUGGUUUUAUGAAGAA